AUGGCUUCCUCAACAAAUAAACACUUCACUCUCUUGUUUCUCUUAUUCCUAUUUAUCCUCAAAAGAGCAUCAUCUUAUAAAAAUCAUUCGUCCAUCGAUGAAAUUUUGCUGUUUGCGCCUAAACAUGUCACGAUCUUUAACACAUUGGCCACACGUGCAAAACUGGUCGUACAUUGCAUGAAUAAAGAGAAAGAUUUAGGGAUAAAAGAGCUUCCCAUUGGGGCUCGUUUUGAUUUUAGGUUUCGAGUCAAUCUUCGUGGAACAACAACGUAUAAUUGCAGUUUCGAAUGGCCCGGGAGUAAAGAGAAAUUUGAUAUAUUUCGGGCAGAUAGAGAUGACAGUGAAACAAGUCCAUAUGGAGUCUGUAGAGAAUGUAUUUGGUACAUUUAUGAACGAGGCCCUUGUCGUGGUAAACGUGACGGAGGCCAUUCUAUAUGCUUUUCAUGGGAUUGA